CAACCCUUCCCGUUGAAGAAUGACAACUUCCUUUCGCGAGCAAUCUUAAAGGCGUCAUAUCCGUUAAAAACAACAAUAAAGUCCUAUGUGUCGUUAUGGAGGGCUCCAAGUCCUCUAGUACCACCAUGCAGGUCAGCUUUGUGUGUCAGCGCUGCAGUCAGCCUCUAAAGCUGGAUACAUCCUUCAAUGUGCUCGACCGUGUCACCAUCCAGGAACUUAUUGCUCCUCUGGUCACAGUGACACCAAGCAAGCAGACAGAAAGCAAUGAGGCGGAAAGUGCUCCAGAGGAAACCUUUGUGGAAACAAAGCAAGAUGGAGUCGCAAGAAAAUACAUCCCUCCUGCAAGGAUGAUGUCCACAGAGAGCGCCAACAGCUUCACUCUGAUUGGAGAAGCGUCGGACGGAGGCACCAUGGAGAACCUCAGUCGAAGGCUGAAGGUGACCAGCGAUCUGUUUGACAUCAUGUCGGGCCAGACCGACGUAGACCACCCGCUGUGUGAGGAGUGUACCGACACCCUGCUAGACCAUCUGGACACGCAGCUCAACAUCACAGAGAACGAGUGCCAGAACUACAAGAACUGCCUGGAGCUGCUGUCCCAGCUGAAGGAGGAGGAAGAGGACAGCCUGUUGCUGGAGCUCCAGAAACUGGGCGAGGAGGAGUCGUCACUGGUGGGGGAGCUGGAGGCAGUGGAAGAGCAGAGGGCUGCCGUGGCCGAGGACCUGGUCCAGGGACGCAGCCACUCCCAGCAGCUAGACACUGAGGAACUGCAGUACCAGAAGGAGUACAGUGAGUUCAAGCGACAGCAGCUGGAGCUGGAUGACGAGCUGAAGAGUGUGGACAACCAGAUGCGAUACUGCCAGAUUCAACUGGACCGCCUAAAGAAGACCAACGUCUUCAACGCCACCUUCCACAUCUGGCACAGUGGCCAGUUUGGCACCAUCAAUAACUUCCGUCUGGGCCGUCUACCCAGUGUCCCCGUCGAGUGGAACGAGAUCAACGCCGCCUGGGGUCAGACCGUGCUACUGCUCCACGCCCUGGCCAACAAGAUGGGGCUACGCUUCCAGAGAUACCGCCUGGUCCCAUAUGGAAACCACUCUUACCUGGAGUCACUUACAGACAAGUCCAAGGAGCUACCACUGUACUGUUCAGGGGGCCUGCGCUUCUUCUGGGACAACAAGUUUGACCAUGCCAUGGUGGCCUUCCUGGACUGUGUGCAGCAGUUCAAGGAGGAGGUGGAGAAGGGAGACACGGGAUUCUGCCUGCCUUACAGGAUGGAUGUCGAGAAGGGCAAGAUUGAGGACACGGGAGGCAGCGGCGGCUCCUACUCCAUCAAGACCCAGUUCAACUCAGAAGAGCAGUGGACCAAGGCGCUCAAGUUCAUGUUGACCAACCUCAAGUGGGGCCUGGCGUGGGUGUCGUCUCAGUUUUACAACCGAUAGAGGAGGAAGAUGAGGAAUCACCUUGGGUGUUCCCCUUGACCCUUCUAAAACCACCAUUUCGUCACAAUGUGUGACUCUCUAAAGUUCUUCUUCUACAAUGCACUCCUUGCUUCCCUGUGAUGUUUUGAGAGGGUGGGGAGAAGACUGGAGGAAGGACUUUUGAGAUUCACCACUGGUGUGAGUUCCAAUCCAAUAAGUCUUGUUUCCUUGUUUGAUUUCCAUAUUGACCAUUUGAAAGGACAAAAUAAAAACUGUUAAAUUGUUAACAUUCAA